AUGGUACCGCAGAGCGGCAUGCCUUCACCAGUGGCAGCACGAGGUCCUCCAUACGUCCCUACAGUAUGGGCAUUGGGUGGGUCUCCAGUAAGAAGCGUCGACCUUCCAGUGCAAUCGAUCUUCUUGGUCUUCUUCGUGAUGGGAGCAGCUGUACAUAUGAGAAUCUUCCGACAGAACAAAUCCAGAGGUCACAAGUUUCUGCCAAACAUAUUUAUGUUCGGCUUCUGUAUGGAGCGCAUCUUGACAUCGAUAGUACGGCUAGCAUCAGUGUCACAUCCGACGAGCAUCUCGCUCGCGAUAGCUGCGCAAAUGUUCGUCUCGGCUGGUGUAGUCAUCCUGUUCGUCAUUAACAUCGUCUUCGCAAUGCGCCUUGUCCGUUCCAUACAUCCUUCUUUCGGCUGGCAUCCUGCUUUUGGCAUUGCGUUCAAGGUCCUUUGCGUACUGCUUGUAUUCACGAUUAUCACAGUCAUUAGUGCCUCGGUCCAAAGUUUCUUUACUCUCAACAAAAACAUUCAGGCUACUACUCGAGGCCUCCAACGAUUCGGUGCAAUAUUUCUCGCCAUUCUCGCCACGCUACCGUUACCUAUGGUUUUCGCUACAAUUACCGCCCCCUAUUCGUCGAUUGACAAGUUUGGCGUCGGCCGACUGCGCACAAGAGUUUUCACUCUGCUCAUCAGCACAACACUUCUAGCCCUCGGUGCAUGGUAUCGCUGCGGUGUUAUUUUGCAAGCCCCCACGCCGCGGUCGGAACCUCUACCCGGGUAUCUUGGAAAAGGAGCAUUCUACUUCUUCAACUUCUUCGUGGAAAUCCAAACGAUCCUCAUGUAUGCUAUUUUUCGCGUGGAUCUUCGGUGGUAUAUACCCGACGGCGCCCAUGGCGAAGGGAGCUAUUCUCAGCCGCAGGUUCAUCGAGACGUGGAGAAGCAAGAGUCUCGGUCAGCAUCCUCGGAUAAAACACGAUAUGAAACCCAAUCUCUCAGGACAAUAAAAGAAGACGAUGAAGAGGACAGAGAGGUGACUACCGAGAAACCCACCUGGCCACUUGGACCACCCAGAAUCAUAGAAAUCGAUCUCGGAAACGCAUCAAGCGGCUCUCUCACACCGCCACCACCAAUAGUCCCAGACACAAGGCGAAGUUCAGGUCGCAGUUCAUACGCCCGCCCAAAAACAGCAGAUAGAUCCGUGCGCAGCUCCAUCCUCUCGGAGCGUUUCUCCGUCCUCAUGGCCAAAUCCACAAAUACCCUCUCGGUCUUCGCAACCGCCGAGCAAAAAAAGCGAUGGCGCGAAAGCGAAGAAGCAAGAAUCGUUCGACGCCUAGGCGGUCCCUGGCAACAACUCUCCAGUCCCACCGACACAUCGUUUAGCUACUCAACCCGCAGUCCAACGCGAAGCGGGUUUCGCCCUAGCACAGCUGGAAGCCAUGCUUUUGAGCCUCCGAGUCCAGUCCAUUUCCGAAGCGCUUCCGAUGCGCCUACCCUGCCAGAUGUGGUCUCUGCGGGCGGCUGGACACCGAGAAUCGACUGGGAAUUCAAGAGUCCGCAGCGCUUCUUGAGUUUGAAGAGGAAAACUUUGCUCGGGUUGAAUAUUACUACAUGA